CCCAGCACAUGUUGUUUACAACAGUCAGAUGUAAUAGCUUAGAUCUGGCAAUGCUCAAGUCUUAGCAAGGCAGCUCGAAGCAUCAAAGGUUUACGAUUAUGAAAGAACAGUGCAUCAGAAUUUAUGCGUUUGAAUUGACGACGUACGGAUAGUAAAACGAGGCUCAGCGGGAAAAUAUCCAUAACCCUAAUUAGGAAUCGAUCUCACAAACUCCAUUCAAGAUUGCGGCAUAAAUGUACAUCUGCAUUUGAUUAUUGUAGAUCUGUAAUUUUUAUAUAUAACCAUGAUGCUUCGCUGUGUGAUUAUCCUGGUAGUUCUAGGAACAAGUUUGUCCGCCUUCCCUGCGAGAAGCGGCCAAGAAAAGCGCGUGUUCACGUUGGAGGACUGCGCCGUGGGUGAUGAGGUUAGGUACACGGCAGCGGUGCUGGAGUACGAGCCUUACAAGGACUGGAGCAACGCAUCGUCGGGCGACGACAUUUUGAUGACCAACGUAGACUUCAUCUACGAAGCUGCCAAAAUGGCUAAAGAAUACGGCGCCGACAUCUUUGUGGCCCCUGAGUACGGCGUCCAGAGUCUCGAUAUGUACACCAACGACUCCGUCAGAUUCCAGUCGCUGACUCAACAGAUCCCUGACCCAUCACUGAGGGUCGUGCCGUGUGCCAUUGACGGCCAAGUCGCGAACUUCAUCGCAAUACGGAGCCUGAGCUGCAUGGCGCUGGAGCUGGAGAUGUACCUCGUGAUAGACCUGGCCGAGCAGGCGGCCUGCAACACCUCUCAGGCACCAUGUCAGGCGGACGGACUAUCUUUCUUCAACACUCAGGUGGUCUUUGACCGAGCCGGCACCGUCAUAGCAAGGUACCGUAAGCAAAAUUUGUAUCUGGAGCCACAGUUCGUUCCUGGCCCGAUGGACGACACGACAGCUUUGUUCACUACCGACUUCGGGGUCAAAUUUUCCCUUCAGGUAUGUUUCGACAUAUCCUUCCUGCAUCCUGCCUACACGAACAUCAUGGAGGAGGGAGUACGGGACGUUGUGAUGAGCACGGCUUGGGUGGAUGAAACACCAUUUUUACUGGCGAUUGGGGUGCAAAAUGGUUGGAGUCGCGGUCUAGGCGUGAACCUGAUGGUUGCUGGCUACCACUGGCCUGAGCACACCAAGCUGGGCUCAGGCGUGUACAGGGGAUACUCAGACCUAAACAACCUUUACUCCUACGAUCCUAACUCUGGUAACGAACUCGUUGUCUUCCCGGUGACCUCAUGCAAAACAUCUCCCACCACAACCAAAGAUCUUAGGAACAAAAAUCUGCCUGUCAUCACACGACCUAUAAAGCUUGACAUCUCGUCCGGCAACCGUAAUAAGGAGCCCCGUCAGCAACGAACGCUUCACGAAGACCUAUCGAUUUAUGAGCGAAUGGUCCUGCCACCAACGGAGACCGGAGAAACCAACAGCGUUUCGCAAUGCCACGAUGACGGCUUGUGCUGUCAUUUGACAUACGAACACUCGAGCAGUAACCUGACCUACCAACUCCUUACGUACAGCGGAGUGGUUAAGAAGGGAGGAGAUAUAUACCAGAUUUAUGAACAAGUUUGUGCAGUAGUUUGGUGCGAAUCAGAGAACUGGAGGACGUGUGCCCGGCUCGAUCUUUUCGAACCUCCGCAAGACACAUUCGGGCCUUUCAACAUGCAGGGGAAUUUUUCGUGUGAAACUGUUUUUCCUGUGGGGCUCACACGCGACUUCAAUUUGAUCCCAAAUUCUGUUUACUCUGUGAAUUCUGUGAAUGAUUCGUUGUACACAAUGACAUCAGACCAGGGUACAUACAAUACCAUGACUGUAGCUCUUUUCGGCAGAUGGUAUGCUAAAGACCCUUGAAUUUUCUAAUUGAAACGUUACGUCAUAUGUUUGACGUUCGAAGUGAUUACAAUUUACAUAUGCUAA